CAAACGAGCAUACCUUCCAGGUUCCAACUUCUGUAAUUAGGUCUAGGGUUUCUGAUUUUCCCAGAUAUUGAAUUCUAAAACCCUAGAAAUUCCUCUCUUCACUCCAUCUCUAUCUCGCCGAUGGCGACAAAAUCCUCACCGGCAACAACUCAGCAGCAAGGCGGCGCCGUCGGAAACAAGCCAGGGCUGCGAAAGCCGGUGUUCGUAAAAGUCGACGCUUUAAAGCCGGGUACGAAUGGGCACACACUGAUAGUGAAGGUAGUGAGCUCUGAAGCCGUUCUCAACAAAAAGCCCCGAAACCCGAAAUUUCGCGGCCCUCAAAACCAGAAUUCGAAAAUCGCUGAAUGCCUCAUCGGCGAUGAUACUGCGGCUAUCCUCUUUACUGCUCGUAACGAACAAGUUGAUUUGAUGAAGCCAGGUAACACUGUGAUACUUAGAAAUGCCAAGAUUGACAUGUUCAAGGGGUCAAUGAGGCUGGCUGUAGAUAAGUGGGGCCGGAUCGAGGUUGCCGAGCCAGCAAAAUUUGAAGUUAAAGAGGAUAACAACUUGUCCCUAGUGGAAUACGAGUUGGUUAACGUUGUGGAAGAUUCUUGAAUGUUUCUAGCAAACCUGUUGAUGCUAUUGGUAGUUUGAUUUAAUUUAUGACUAUUGGGUAAACUGGUAUAUUAGAUUCUCCGGUUAGGUUGUUUUUUUUCUUUUUCCAUUAAGGUAAUUAACGUGGGUUAGGACUCGGAUCUAAUUUUAGAUUUAAUGUUUGGCUGUGUAAAGAAGACUGCAUUGAUUAUAUGGUAAGCACAAGUUGAUCUUUUUUAUGUUUA